AUGUCUGCUUCUUGCAAAUCUCGCCCUCUAGGCCCCCACGAAACUUAUGGCACUGUACAAAGCAUUCUCGGCCUCUACUCGAAUGUGAUUGUUUCAGCCACUCUAUACAAACCCACCAAUCGUCAGGGGGCUCUCUACGCCGCCAAGAUCCUCCUGGAGAAGGAACCGCUUCUAGGAGUGUCAAUUUCAGGCCAGGAAGGGACAUUCAAGAUGACGAAACUGAGAGAAGCCAAACUAAACAACUAUGUGGACGAUUCUCUAAACAGCAAACUGCUUGAAGAUGUGGUUACAGACCUUCACUACGUGCGCCUGGACCUCUCUAAGCAACAGUGGAAGUUGCUUCUGCUCAACAACGGCAAGGAGAUUGUGUUUCUUUUCGAUCAUGCCCUUCUGGACGGCAUGUCGGGGUUGUUUGUGAUCGAAACAGUUGUCAAGGCACUUCAGGAGUACUCUUCACAUGACCUGGUUUCUCUGACCACGAUCCCUAACCCUUCCACUCCUUUACCUUUGCCAGUGGAACAACAGCUGGUUGCGUCUCCCCCUUUCACUCUGCUUUUGAAGGAACUGUUCAAGGAGUAUCUUUUCAGCGAGAAGGUGUCGACACUUCCACUUCAGAAACAUGAUUGGAAGGGAUAUCACUCCAUUAUCGACUUUACUCCUUUCCAAUCACGUGCCUUCUACAACAUGUGUAAGAAGUAUGGGUUCAGUGUUGGGGCAGGUCUCUAUGCACUUCUUGUGAGCUCUUCUUCGGGUGUACUUCACCGCAAGUAUCCAGAUGCAGUUUCUGGCCCAGUUCGAGGUCUUGUUCCUCUGAAUGGUCGAAACUUCACUCCCAAACUGGACCCCAAACGUCUCGGAGUGGUUGUGGGAGAGAUUUGCAUUUCUACGGUUGUCCCAAAGCCCGAAGAAGUGAUUGGGCGGGUUCCUAGUCGUGCUUUCGUUAAGAUAGCCCACCAAUUCAAGUCCAAAAUUACUCGCGACACUCAGCAGACCACCUUCUCAGGGUACCCCUUUAUGCAACCUGUGGGACUUAUUCCCUGGGUCCGUUCGCUUCAGGAGUACUUCAAGAAGCACACAAACAACCACCAGCGGUCUUCCAUGUUUGCUAUGAGCAACUUGACGUGCUCGGAUGUACCCUGUGAGCAGCUCAGGUUCACCCAAUGUACCGGAGGCAUUUCUCCUUUCAUCCAGUACUCGGUUGUGGGACUUAAAGACAAAGGUAUCAGUGUGGGACUGGGUGUUUCUGAAGACAAGGAAGUUUUGGAUGAGGUCAAUAAGUCCAUGAGAUGGUUUAUCCAGGAGUGUGAGAACUCAUUUGGCAAGGAAGUGUAG